AUGGUAUCCUACAAUUUUGUGUCGGUGACUCGCCCAUUUGCUGUCAUCGCCGGCUUUUUGUUAAUUUCCGAGCUUCAGUUUAAAGAAUUGAGAGACUUGAGGAAGAAGGCACUUGUGGAUAUUGGUCUGCAACAGUUCAAUCAACUGUUAGAUGUCAAUAAUAUUUUCUUACAUAAAAAUCUUUCUAAAGAUGUUUACAUGACUUUGCCAUCCGGGUUCACAUCUCCUCGCUCAAAUCAAUGCUUCUAUGUUGAUGACAUCGUUCUCAUUGGAAAUUCUAUUUCUGAACUUGCUUCCAUUAAGUCUAUUUUGCACCAACAGUUCCGAAUUAAAGAUUUGUGGGGAGGACGUGGGGCACAUGGGAGGAGCUACUCCUCGGUGGGGCCAUUCUCCGCCACGGGACCCGCGACUGGAACGUCGUCUCCGCCGAGCUCCGAGCACGAACCGAUUGUCCUUACUCUUUCACAGGUAUGUAAAGCCAAGUAUGAAGACUUGCAACAGCGGUAUUCUGGGAGCAAGGCUUGGUUUGAGGAACUUAGAAAGAAGAGAGUAGCGGAGCUGAAAAGAGCUCUAGAGCUAUCUGAAGAUUCAAUUGGGUCUCUUGAAUCAAAGCUUGAAUCUCUCAAGGCUGACAAGAAUGAGAAGAGAGAUGAUUGUCGUGUUGAAAAUAGCUCAGGUAGUCCGCAGUUACGCGUGCCUUCACUGAAACUGGAGAGAGUUGAAUCUUCGUCAAAGGACGGGUUAUCUGCUGGGAGUUUCACGCACGAAACCAGGACAAACUGGUCACCUGAUUGCCAGGUUCCAGCUGUGUCCGCGGAAGAUAUAGAGACUAUGCCUGAAGUUUCACGCUCUACUGAGCUGGGAAAAGUUUUAGAUGUAGAUAAUUUGGCAUGUGCGAUAUACAAAGGACAGCUGGCGAGUUUUAAGAAACGGCGAGGGAAGAGGAAGAGGAAGGAUUGUAGUAAAAACAUUAAGGAAGCAAGUGUAGAAGAAAGUGAGUUAUUAGAUUCAGCUGAUGUUGUGUCCUGGUGUAAAGAAAGUUCUACAAGCAACUGUGGCGAAGUUGCCAAAUCUUCCGGCAUAGAUGAUCAUAGUAGAAAUUUGAAAGAGGAUAGGGCAGAAAACUUGAGGGAGAUUUUAGAUUCUGUUUUUGAAACCAAAGGAGCCUCUGCCUUCCGACGCAGACUCGAUAGUCAGAAGAGAGGAAGGUACAAGAAAAUGAUCCGACGGCACAUGGAUUUCGACACCAUAAGGUCAAGAAUUAGCAGCCAAACGAUUAACUCGACGAUGGAACUCUUCCGAGACUUGCUCCUACUCGCGAAUAAUGCUCUAGUCUUCUACUCCAAGAGCACUCGCGAGUACAAGUCUGCUCUAGUGCUAAGAGACAUUGUCACCAAAAAAUUGAGGGACAGGAAUAGUUCAAAGCCAAAGGUCACUGCUACUACUAUUGACAGCAAAGGUACCACCCAAGAUAAUGUGUCCCUUAAAUUACCUGUGCAUAAUCCUCAUGUGAAACCAAGAAGCGUGCGCCCUGGUAACAGAAAGAUUGUUGCAAAGGCAGUUGGUAAUGAUGGCAGCAACUCGGUAUCCGGGGUGUCACAGGCAGCCAAGAAACCGAGUAAAGCCGAUUCGCCACCUUCAGUGGAAUCAUUACCUGUCAAGAAGAAAGCUUUUGGUAGACCAAAGAAGGUUGGACGUGGGAAUGCGACGUGUCAACGGCCGGCCGCCAUGCCGGUGAAGGGAAAGAAAAGAGUGAGGACAAAAGGAUAGUGCCCAAGCUCAGGUUUUUAGCUUAAUAGUUCUUCAUCUUUUGUACAAAAGAUUUUUUCCUUCUUGGUUAGUUUCUAUUUGUUUACAUUGAUGUUAGCCUUAGGACAAAGAGUCAUCAAUAGCCUAAAGGAAGAAGGGUAAGGUGCAGAUGGGAAUACUAACUACAUCAAAGUUCAAACAUACAGAGAAGUUUCCAAUUAAAGUUGGUUUCUUGUGAUCUUUGCCAUUGUCUAACUCCUUUGUAACUUGUAACUAAGAAUUUUGUUUUAUAGCAAAAGUGAAGUGUACUAAUCUGAUGAAUGGCAAAGUGGCUUAGCUUAUUAUCUAUUAUGGUUAA